UAUAGCUUUAUAAAAAGCAUAAUGUUAAACCAAGCCUAUGUAAACACAUAACACUCUGUAUUUUCAGAAGGUUUAUCAAUUAGGACGUUAGAUGUGGACUUUAUAACAACAUUUUAACAGAUAAAGAUAAAUCUUAGUAGGGUGAACCUUUGCAAAUAACUAAAAGGUUUAUCAAUUAGGACGUUAGAUGUGGACUUUAUAACAACAUUUUAACAGAUAAAGAUAAAUCUUAGUAGGGUGAACCUUUGCAAAUAACUAAGCAAAAAUUAGGGAUGAUAAUUAUACAUAGACAAGAAUAAGUUAAGUAAAACUUAAGAACUGUGAUUAAGUGUUGCUGGAAAUUAUAAUGUUUAAAAUGACUCUGAAACGAAAUUGGGACAGCUUUAUUGGUGAAUAGAUUAGUUCAGAUUACACAUUGAAUAAAAUAUCUACAAAAUGGCUACUGGUAAACAAAUAGAUACGGAUAUUCUUUCAGAUGAAAUAUUUGAUACUUUAUGUUCAAUGUGUAAAAAUAAAGGGAAAAAUACUGAAGGUGAAAAAUACUGUGUAGACUGUAAGGAUUAUUUCUGUAUAACUUGUGUUCAAGUACAUGAUCAAGUGCCUCUGUGUGCUGGUCACAAGGUGCUGGAUAAAUCUCAAGUUAAGUCAGGAACCAGCAAAACUCUGCCGAGGGCACCAACAGAGAGAUGUGACAGACACAGUCAUAAACACAUUGAUAUGUACUGUCAGAACCACGAUAAUGUUGGCUGUUCUACAUGCAUGGCAGUUGAUCACAGAUUAUGCAAGGACACAUUCUACAUACCAGAAUUUAUCCAAAACAAUACUUGCCAACUUGCAUCCAGAGAAAUUCAAAUAAGACUCAAGGAAAUAGCCAAGACCCUUGCUAAACAUGCUGAUAGAUUUAAACAGGAUAAACAAAGGCUGCUGAAGAGGAAAGCAGAAAUACUGGCCGAUAUCAGAAAAUUCCGACAAGAAAUCAAUGAUCAUCUUGACAAACUGGAGAAAAGUUCAAUAGAUGAGAUAGAAGAUAAAGUCAAAUGUCUUGAAGACAAGAUUGAAGCAGGUCUCAAACAACUACAAGCAAAUAAGUCCAGGAUUACAUCAGCUAAUGAUAAAUUAGCAUAUACAAACACAAAUAAAGCUGAAGUGUUUGUUCAUGUUAAGAUGGCAGAGAAUGCUGCAAAUGUUGCCAACAUGUAUAUUGAAGAUGCAAAAAUUAAAAAUACAGUAGAAGACAUAGAUUUUCAACCUGAUAGAACAAUUCUUACACAGCUAGAACAAAUGAAGGCCCUAGGCACACUAUCAGAAAAACCUGCAAAGGCUUCUAUUAAUUUAUUUCAGAUUAAAGGACAUCAAUUAUAUAAUGUAAAAGAUAAGUCUGAUACAACAAAUUGUCAUAUUACCAGUGCCUGCUGUAUGGAAGAUGGUACAAUAAUUCUUGCAGAUUACAACAACAACAAGCUUAAAAGGUUACACAGUGAUAACUAUACUGUCACAGACUGCUGUGAUCUACCUGGACGACCACAUCAAGUGUGUAUGAUCAAUAACACACAAGUUGCAGUAACUGUUCCACAUCGGAAUGAAGUUCAUUUCAUUUCUCUUAGUGGUAAAAUGAAAACAACAAACAAGAUUAAAACUGAUUUUGGAUGUCGUGGUCUUGCAUAUGCAAACAAUAAUUUAUAUAUUUCAGAUGGGUGACACAUCAGUAU